GUUCUUCGCGAGUAUCGCGCUGUUGUCUCCGGUUCUGUGGCGCUGCAUUUUUUCCUGUCGGAUGAGAGCUGGGUGCCAGGUGACAUUGACAUAUACGUUCCUGAUGCUGUUUUUGACGCUAUGUGCGAACGCCUACUCACAGAUGAUGCUCUAGGUUGCCAUGCCGCAUCCCGACAAUACCUCCUUGGGCGGCGCGUGGAACGGAUGGUCGACGUUCUCGACACUGGGAUGCGAUAUGCCGUUAAAGAUGUUGUUCGGCUGAUCACCCGAACCGGCCGCGGGCUUGAUCUCGUGCGGAGUCGUACGUCUAGCGCUGUUUCGCCGCUGCUUGAUUUCUGGUCUACUCUAGUUCGCAACUUCUUGACGCCCGACUUAUGCGUCUGUGCGCAUCCCGACGCCACGUUCCGCCGACAAGCAAUCCUCAAGUCG